AUAUACCUAAUGCUAAGAAUAAGACUAGACCUUGCUUAUACUAUAUCUAUAGUUAGCCGCUACUUUAGCAAUCUAGAUAAUAUAUAUAAGCAAGCAGUUAAAUAUAUCCUUAAAUACAUACAGGGGAUAAAAGAGCUAUGCCUAGUGUGUUAA